GAGACGGGCAGGCAGUGAGACGGGCAGUCAGACAGACAGGCAGUGAGUGAGUGAGACAGGCAGGCAGACAGUAGAGUUGGAACAUCUCGGACUUCCCAAAGCGAACCCAAAACAAUCCUGACUGCGCCCCCUUUCUCCUCCACUUCGCCCGCAGACGUGCCUCAUCUCCCCCCCCCCCGGGAAUUACCUCCACUCGGCCUGUGGACUCCGUCGCCGUGGAUUCGAAGCGCCCCGCCGGCGAGAAGAUGCCCGGGUGCUUAGCGGCUCGCAGCGCCGGAGACAGCGUGCCUUGUCGGGGUCUCUUGGAGGCCAGCGGCGGCUUGUAGCGGCGGUUAGCUCCGGCGGCUAACAUUAGCAUUAGCGUGCUAGCGUCACAGGUGUCUUCUCCCGGGCAGCGAACAAGCGGACGCGUAGCUUCGCUCGGCGGCCGGCGGGCUUCUCCCCUCGGCGGCAACACUUUAAUUCAACGCGGCGUGCCUGAAAAUAUGGAUGUUAAAAAGCCAAUUAGCCACUUUGUUAUUAGCCGUUAGCUUCCUAGCUCGCUUCCCAGUGUUUACAAGCAGCCGCCAUGCUAGCUACAUGUGCGGGUAAUUUCCCAAUGUAACUACUUCUAUUUGUUGAUUUUUUUUUGGACCACUUUAGUCCGGGUUAGCUCGGCCACACGCUUACAGUAGCCGGCCGGCCGCGUUGGAUGUACCCCGCCCUGUGACUGACCCACCCACAAACGGGGCUAACUAUCCGCCGGGGCCGAUGCUGACAGUUCAGGCCGGAGCACGGCAACGCCAGGAGCCGCCACCAUGCAGCCCCAGCAGAUCUACGACUUCUCCAGUGAGGAAAACAGCCACAAGUGGAGAGGCCUCUUCGCGCAAGCUCUACGGAAGGUACAGAAGCAGGUCCAUCCGAACCUCCUGGCGAAGGAGGACGCCCUCCAGCACAUCGAGGAGCUGAUCCUGCAGCUGCUCAACAUGCUGUGCGUAGCGCAGCCUCGCUCGGUGCAGGACGUGGAGGAACGAGUCCAGAAGACUUUCCCCCAUCCCAUAGACAAGUGGGCCAUUGCCGACGCUCAGUCGGCCAUCGAGAAACGAAAGAGGCGGAACCCCUUACUUCUCCCCGUGGAUAAGAUACACCCGCUGCUUAAGGAAGUUCUGGGCUACAGAGUGGACUACCACGUGUCUUUGUACAUUGUGGCCGUUCUGGAGUACAUAUCGGCGGACAUUUUGAAACUGGCGGGCAACUACGUCGGCAACAUUCGGCACUACGAGAUCAGCCAGCAGGACAUUAAAGUGUCCAUGUGUGCAGACAAGGUGCUGAUGGACAUGUUCGACCAGGAGGAGGACAUCGGCCUGAUGUCGCAGUGCGCCGACGAGCCCUCGUCCUCGGGCGAGCUGACGUACGACGACCUGGUGAAGCUGGAGAUCGCAGAGGAACGCCAGUACCUGCGCGAGCUCGACCUCAUCAUCAAGGUGUUCCGCCACCACUUCCUGUCCAACUCCAAAAUCUUCUCACCUCAGGAUGUGGAGGUGAUCUUCAGCAACAUUCUGGACAUUCACGAGCUGACGGUGAAGCUGCUCGGCUUGAUCGAGGACGCCGUGGAGAUGACGGCCGACGGCAGCCCGCACCCGCUAGUGGGCAGCUGCUUCGAAGACCUCGCCGAGGAGCAAGCGUUUGACCCCUAUGAGACGCUGUCCCAGGACAUCCUCAGCAGGGACUUCCAUGAGCACUUCAACAACCUGAUGGCCCGACCAACCGCGGGCCUCUACUUCCAGUCCGUAGCAGAAGGCUUCAAAGAGGCCGUCCAGUACGUCCUUCCGCAGCUUAUGAUGGUGCCCGUGUACCACUGCAUGCACUACUUUGAGCUCCUGCAGCAACUCCAGGAGCGCAGUGAGGACCAGGACGACAGGGAAUGUCUCAAACAGGCCAUCACGGCGCUGCUCAACCUCCAGUGCAGCGUGGAGCGCAUCUAUGCCAAACAGCAGCCUCGGCGAAAACCCGGUGAGCCCAUGUACCGCCUGUACAGCCGGCAGGUCCGUAGCAAACAGCUGGCCAUCAAGCGCAUGAACGAGAUCCAGAAGAGCAUCGACGGCUGGGAAGGCAAGGACAUUGGCCAGUGCUGCAGCGAGUUCAUCCUGGAAGGCCCUCUUCUGCGAGCAGGCGCUAAACACGAGCGGCACAACUUCCUCUUUGACGGCCUCAUGAUCAGCUGCAAGGCCAAUCAGAGCUCCCGGCUGCCGGGUUCGGGCAGCGGCGCCGAGUACCGCCUGAAGGAAAAGUUUGUGCUCAGGAAGGUCCGCAUCGUCGACCGCGAGGACUCGCCCGAGCUCCGGCACGCCUUCGAACUGAUCGGCAAGGACGAGAACUGCGCCGUCUUCUGCGCGCGGACCGCCGAGGAGAAAGCGGCGUGGAUGGCGGCGCUGGUGACCCUCCAGUACCGCUCCACCCUGGACCGCAUGUUGGACACCAUGCUGCAGCACGAGGAACGGGCACACCCGCUCAGGCUGCCCUCGCCCGAGGUUUACCGGUUUGCCGUGCAGGACUCUGAGGAGAAUAUAGUUUUUGAGGACAAAGUGCAGAGCAAAACGGGCAUCCCCAUCAUCAAGGCGGGCACGGUGGUGAAACUCAUAGAGAGACUCACCUACCACAUGUAUGCUGAUCCAAACUUUGUACGCACCUUUUUGACCACGUACCGAUCCUUCUGCAAACCGCAGGAGCUACUCACACUGCUGAUUGACAGGAUCGAGAUCCCCGAGCCAGAGCCCACCGAGGAGGACCGGCAAGCCCUCUGGAACGGCGACCAGCCCAUGGCGGCCGAGCUCCAGAGGUUCCGAAAGGAAUAUGUGCAGCCAGUGCAGCUCAGGGUCCUCAACGUUUUCCGGCAGUGGGUGGAGCGCCAUUUCUACGACUUCGAAAACGACCCUGAGUUGAGAAGUCGACUGGAGGAAUACAUCACAAGCAAGAUCCAGCUGCGAGGCAAGUCCAUGAGAAAGUGGGUGGAGUCUAUCAACAAGAUCAUCAAGCGUAAGCUGCAGACGCAGUCCAACGGCGUCAGUCACAACAUCACCUUCGAGAGCCCGCCCCCCCUCAUCGAGUGGCACAUCUGCCGAGCCGGCCAGGUGGACUCCUUCGACCUCAUGACCCUGCACCCUAUUGAGAUCGCACGCCAGCUGACUCUGCUGGAGUCCGAACUCUACAGAGCCGUGCGGCCAUCGGAGCUGGUCGGCAGCGUCUGGACCAAAGAGGACAAAGAGAAAAACUCGCCCAACCUGCUGCGAAUGAUCCGACAUACCACCAACCUCACGCUGUGGUUUGAGAAGUGUAUUGUGGAGACCAUGAACCUGGAAGAGCGAGUGGCGGUGUUCAUGCGGGUCAUCGAGAUCCUCCAGGUCUUUCAGGAGCUCAACAACUUUAAUGGCGUGCUGGAGGUGGUCAGCGCCAUCAACUCUGUCCCCGUCUACCGACUGGACCACACCUUUGAAGCGAUACCGGAGAGGAAGAGGAAAAUCCUGGAGGACGCCGUAGAACUGAGUCAAGACCAUUUCAAGAAGUACUUAGCCAAGCUCAAGUCUAUAAACCCACCCUGUGUGCCUUUCUUUGGUAUCUACCUGACCAACAUCCUGAAGACGGAGGAAGGAAACCCGGAUUUCCUGAAGCGCCACGGCAAAGAGCUGAUCAACUUCAGCAAGAGGAGGAAAGUGGCAGAAAUCACAGGAGAAAUUCAGCAGUACCAGAAUCAACCCUACUGCCUUAAAGUGGAGCACGACAUACGGAGGUUCUUUGAGAACUUGAACCCGAUGGGAAGCAGGAGCGAGAAGGAGUUUGUGGACUACUUGUUCAACAUGUCCUUGGACAUCGAGCCCAGGAACUGCAGACAGGCGCCUCGAUUUCCCAGGAAGACCGCCUACACUCUGAAAUCGCCCGGCAUCCGCCCCGUGCGAACGUCUACCUCCGGCACCCUGAAGGGCCACCCGGUGCCCCUGGAGAGGGAGCCGCCCCACAAGAUCACCUUCCGGAGUAUCGCGGAGACCGAGCCGCCCGAGAUGCCAGCAUCCGCCUCGGUGCCCACCUCCCCGAACACGCCCACCCCGCCGCAGUCAGCGUCCUCGGACCUCUGCUCGGUCUUCAUGGACCUCAGCAGCUCCUACGGCGCAGGUUCUAACUCCAUUUUUGCUCCGGUUCUCCUGCCGCCUUCAAAGUACCAGUCUGUGUCUUGCGGAAGUCUCCACCAGCUUGGAGAGGAGAUGCUGAAGCCGCCGCCCCUUCCGCCACGAAGGAGAGACGCCAUGUCUGAAGCCAAACUCAGCUCGAGUUCCGACAGCCCCCCAGCCAUCCCCCCCCGGCUGCCCCCGCCGCUCCCCAGGAACCAACCGCGGACGCCGGCCUACAACGGCCCCCUGGACGGCCCCCUGCCCAGCCCUCCGCCGCCGCCACCUCGCGACCCUCUCCCCGACACGCCGCCGCCCGUCCCCCAUCGGCCCCCGGAGAUCUUCAUCAACUACCCCGUCAACCUGCAGCCCUCCCCCGUGGGUCGCUACCACUGGGACUUCGGCAGCUCUCCCAGCUCUCCCAACACGCCGCCCAGCACGCCGUCGCCGCGUGUUCCCCGGCGGAUCUGUGCACUCAGCGCCAGCCAGAACAGCCUGUGUCCGCUGCCGGCCCCCAUCGCCGCCCCGCCCGUGCCCCCGCGCCACAACUCCAGCCCGCAGCUCCCCAAGCUGCCGCCAAAGACAUACAAGCGGGAGCUGCUGCAGGCGCCCCUCUCGUUGGUGGAGAACAGCGACAGCAGCCAAUGAGGUGAGGCCGCCGGUGCUACUGAUCACAAACGCAGUUUAACUCCGCCUCUGCAGCCACGCCCUCCCACUCGCCGUGCCUCUCAGGGGAGCAGUAGCUCCGCCCUCUUCACAAACCCUCUGUGCCAAUGAGACGCCGGCGUGCCAGCUCAUAAGGAGCGCCAGGACCCUUUGUUUAUUUGGGGCGGGACCAAAAAAAAAAAAAAAAAGUUCUCACUCUUGCCCCGCCUCCCUCGCACGUGCAGGGGGGGUGCAAGGCCUCGGACUUUGUAGCUUCAACUGUUACUCUCCGCCAUGCCAUGAGCAAACCUCCUUCUCACUGAACAGUUGCCAAAGUCUUAUUUUAUGCAGGGGGAUAAGGGAUUCCGCCUCUUUUUUUAAAAAGUGACAUUAAGCCCCGCCCACUUUCGACACCUUUCUCCAACUACACUGUGACUGUUCAUAAGCGAGCUGCUUUAACGUUGCCUUUACAAUCCCAACAGCGCUCACCUCCGCACGGUGUCGCGAGUCCGCCAUUUGCACAUGGGGUUAGGGGGGCGAAGGUUCGAUCAGCCAUGAUGUCAAAACAGCGGCGCCACGUCUUAAAAGAGAAACGGUGUUGGGAGGGGCGGGUCUGCAAAUCGGGCAGCAGCACCAAAAACAAAACAAAGGAGCUUUUUUUGUUUUUUAAAGUAACAUCUUUUUUUUUGCUUUUGGAAAAGACAAAGAACGGAAGAAAAAAAUGAACGCCGCCGAUCGCGCUCGAAUGUGCCUUUUUUUAAUUUGAUUGUUUCCUCCUCGGCGGUAAAAGCAAAAGGUGUGUAAUAAUAUGCUCAACUACCACCAGAAAAAUGUAACAUUUAGAACAAAGCUAUGAACUUGUACAUGUUUGUGGAUACUGUGUACAUAUCUAACAUGUAUACCCCUUACUAAAUCAUUUGUAUAAAGUCACUUCUGGAUUCAACCACAUCUCUUCAGUCCCAAUGACGCCGAAAAAUAACCCGAGUUUGCUGCAGGCGGAUAAAAACAAAGAAAAAACUAACAUACUUACAAUCUCCACUGGAAGCCAUUUUUGUUUUCCUCCUCUGUAGCCAAGCGGCUGAAAAAAAAAAAAAAAAGCGACAGCGAGCACUUAGGAGAAGUGUGCGUCACCUUCUUCGCCCAUUGAGACUUUUUCUCCACUUCUUCUGGAGAAACACACUUGUGCACUUUAGCGCCCCGGCUUGUGUUCUCACGCCACGACGACAAGCCGCUUCUCACCUUGAAUUCCCUGCAACACGUUUGUGUCUUUGCCAGUAGAGCAGUCCGUACAGUAUUUUUGCAGGGCGGCCAUCUUUGUUUUGCUCUCGUUGACGCUUACGUGGCCUUUUAACUGCUUUGUAUUCCUUCAUGACUUUAAUAAAUCACCACGUCUUAUUUUCUACUCUCA